AAAAUCAGUCACGUUUAAUACGAUAUUAAUAUAAAACGAUGAACGACGCAUAUAGAAGUAAAUAGCAAAGUCAAAAGAAAAUAUUCUUGAACAAUUAGAAUAUCCCAUUUAAAAAAAUUGUACAUGUAAAAUUUUGACAUAUAAUUUACAUUUUUAAAGUAAGACACUCUUUACUUUCGUGCGCAGUUCCCGAAAACGUUGCUGCGCACGUUGCAUCUGUCAUUCGUGUAUCGCCAUAAGCUGUCAACGAUAUCGAAUUCCGCAACGGGCCAUUAACGACAUUAACGAUAUCACUUGAUCAAACUUGACCAAAACCAGAAACGCGCUGCGCAUCGAGGAUCACUUUGCAUAGUCGGCGAGAGAAAACUGAUUCAGCUGCGUAUACUUGAUCUUAGAUAGUCGUUUUGGAACGUGUUGGAGAACCAGCAGUGUGUUCGUUCGCGCAUCGCGGUAUUUACGUAAGCAAGACACGGAUCGGCCAUGCCAGUCAAUUCUUCGACGUGCUGAAGACGUGACAAGGAAAAAGUGCUGACUCGCGCGAUUAGGAUUUCCCUAAUCGAGGCGUGAUAACACGUCAUUAACGAAGCCACGCGAAUCUGAUUCACCAGCGUACGGAUUUUUCGAAACGCGAAUCGUGUUAUCGAUUUUACGUGCACGCACAUCACGCAUCUCACGUCUCCCCCCGCUACGCAGCGUUCACGAGGAACACGACGACGGUACCGUUUGCUCGACAGUGCUGUAUCGUGCUCGACGGACUCACGGAUGCGGUCGGUUGACGCUCCACAUUGCAAUCGCCGAUCGAAGAAGUUAUAGGAUACAUCGCAACAGAGGACGCGCAUAAUUGGGGCAAAUGGAUCGGACGAGAAGACGAACCUCGAUGGGUAAUUGUCGUUACAGAAAGCUUGGCGUUUGCGUGAGUGUGGUUGUACUCGGAACCUUCAUCGGUUGCACGCUGUUAGCCUACACGGCAUUGGCGUCUCCGAUUACUAAGCAUGACACGUUACGGCAAGUGGUUUUUCUGUUUCGUCACGGAGACCGAACUCCUACGGAGACGUAUCCUAAGGAUCCCUACAUAAAUUAUUCUUGGCCCGAUGGUUGGGGCGCCUUGACCAAGAAAGGUAUGCUUCAACUGUACAAUGUGGGUCAAUGGAUCCGCCAAGAAUAUGGCACUACAAUCGGUAGUAAAUUCAAAAGUGCGAACACACUGGUGCGUAGCAGCUAUGCAGAUCGGUGCAUUAUGUCAGCACAGACAUUACUCGCCGGAUUAUUUCCACCAAAUACCGAAGAUAUGUUCGUGGCUGGAUUAGCAUGGACCCCCGUUCCGGUGCAUUCGAUACCACGAAACUUGGACAAGUUGAUAACGGUAAAAGCACCAUGCCCGAGGCUAGCGGAAGCAUUGAAAGAGGCGUACGCGAACGAAGCUAGAAGGUCGGACGUAAAAAUGGCCGAUUAUUACAAAGAAUUGACCAAACACACCGGACAAAAUAUGAGCACAAUCACCGACGUCGAGUUUCUUUAUAACACUCUCGAAAUUGAGGAGCAACAUGGUCUACAGCUUCCGCCAUGGACGCGCAAUUUCUACAAUAACGAGAUGCGCAAAAUAGCUGCUCGUAGCUUGGCAAUCUUCACCGACAGCACUAUUCAGAAACGUCUUUUGGGAGGUCCGUUACUGAAGGAGAUUUUGCUCUGCAUGGAAGACGUUGCAACUAACUCCAAUCCGAAACGAUCUUAUUUUUAUUCCGCUCACGAUAUAACUAUCGUCAACGUGCUGAGGACGAUGGGAUUUACAAACGAACUCUUGAAACCUGAUUACGGAGCGACGCUCAUAUUCGAGCUGUAUACCGCCGAUAACGGAGAAGAAGUGAAGGCGCUAUAUCUGAACAAUACGGAAAUAAGUAGUGCGCAUCCUUUGGAAAUUCCGAAUUGCAGGAGUCCUUGUCUAUUGCAAAAUCUCAAGCAAGCAUGGCACGACGUGAUUCCGGAGGAUUGGGAUGCCGAAUGUAAAAUGCUGACGGACAUCCGAGCAAAGGCCGUCAACAUGUUCAACUGGAUGAGCCGGCAGGAAAACAACAAACAGGACCUCUUCGAAAAUGUCACCGAAGGUCUCAAGAGGAUAUACAAGGCGAAGUUGUUGCCACUGGAGCAACAUUACCAAUUCCAUGACUUUCAUUCACCACAGCUAGACGACCCGGAUUUUGAUGCAAAACCGAUGAUUCUCUUAGUCGGACAGUACUCCACUGGCAAGACCACGUUUAUCAAGUACCUAUUGGAGAGGGACUUUCCAGGCAUCAGGAUCGGGCCGGAACCUACCACGGAUCGAUUCAUAGCAGUUAUGUACGACGAGAAGGAGGGCGUUAUUCCUGGAAAUGCCUUGGUCGUUGAUCCAGUCAAGCAGUUCAGGCCACUCUCGAAAUUCGGCAAUGCAUUUUUAAACAGAUUGCAAUGCUCAACGGUAGCUUCGCCCGUCUUGAAAGGCAUAUCUAUAGUGGACACACCUGGUAUAUUGUCUGGUGAGAAACAACGAGUUGACCGAGGAUACGACUUUACUGGCGUCCUAGAAUGGUUCGCUGAACGCGUAGAUAGGAUUAUACUGUUGUUUGACGCUCAUAAGCUCGACAUAUCGGACGAGUUUCGCAGAUCUAUCGAGGCCUUACGCGGACACGACGAUAAGAUCAGAAUCGUUCUUAACAAGGCUGACAUGAUAGAUCACCAACAGCUUAUGAGAGUGUAUGGCGCGUUAAUGUGGUCCUUAGGAAAGGUGUUGCAGACCCCAGAAGUGGCCAGGGUUUACAUUGGCUCGUUCUGGGAUCAGCCGCUCAGAUACGACGUCAAUAGAAGAUUAUUUGAGGACGAGGAGCAAGAUUUGUUUAAAGACAUGCAAUCGCUGCCGCGAAAUGCCGCGUUAAGAAAGCUUAAUGACUUAAUUAAACGAGCACGCUUGGCUAAGGUGCACGCGUACAUAAUAAGCUCACUGAAGAAAGAGAUGCCGAGUGUGUUUGGCAAGGACAACAGGAAGAAGGAACUGAUAAAGAACUUGGGUCAGACCUACGAUCAAAUUCAAAGAGAGCAACAGAUCUCGCCUGGCGACUUCCCGGAUUUAAAGAAGAUGCAGGAGUGCCUGGCGCAUCACGAUUUUAAUAAAUUCAAUCCCCUGAAGCCGAAGUUACUGGAAGUGGUAGACAAGAUGCUCGCUGAGGACAUCGCGAAGCUAAUGGCAAUGAUACCGCAUGAUGAAAUCACUACUGUUUCAGAACCGCUCAUUAAAGGAGGUGCCUUCGAAGGUGUAGAAGACCAAGUUAGUCCCUUUGGGUACAAGAGGGGCGAAGGAAUUGACGCAGGUGCAGGCGAACCAGAAUGGAUUGUCAACAAGGAGAGAUAUAAAUACGACAGCAUCUUCGACUCACUUGGGCCGCAAGACGGAAAAAUUACGGGAGCGGCGGCGAAAUCUGAAAUGGUCAAGUCCAAACUACCCAACAGCGUACUUGGGAAAAUCUGGAAUCUUUCGGACGUUAAUAAGGACGGACUGUUGGACUCGGAUGAAUUUGCCUUAGCGAUGCACUUGAUUAACGUGAAGCUCGAGGGCUACGAUCUCCCGACAGUGUUGCCGGACCACUUAAUACCGCCAUCCAAACGCGAUACCUAAUACACGAUGUUCGUAUCGUAAUUCACUCGUUAUUGCAAUUGAAACGGCUGCACACUUGGAUCUACCAAGGCCGCGGUAACACUAGGACCAUUUAUUAAUUGCGCGUGAUUAAUGCCAGUGAUUCGCAGAUUCGAGGAACACAAAAUUAUACUUUUACGACCAGCUGUCAUAUGUAUCAUAUUAUGUGUAUACUGUAUUAUUUUUAUAUCACGAGGCCGGGGGACAAUAUAUAUAUAUAUAGUUUGCAAUUUUAAGAGAACUACUGCGUAAGAUUGACCAGCGGGGACAGGUCGACACCUUUCAGAAAGAUAUUUUUCGGAAACGUACGAGGAUCAUGACUUAUACACAUAGUAUGUAACAGUUAUUGGCACAUUAGCAUGUGGAAGAAACCUAGAACGGAUUUGAUUUUGUUUAGUUGUUAUUCGAUCGAAACUUUGGCCUUACAUAAUUGUAUUUAUGCUUUACACCUUCGUAAUUGUACGUUUGAAUUACGAAAUCAGUCGCUAAUCAAUGAAUGAGAGACCGCGUUGGGAUAUUACAGCGUAAACAGCUUUCUCUUAAAAAGUAUACUGGAUUCCUCAGAGAUUUAGUCCAAUUGUAGGCUCGUGUGCUCAGAAUAGUGUAAGUUCACAUAAAUUUGAAACGUCUGAAACUGCGCUUGACACGACCGAGUGAUUUACACGAAUUAGCACGACACUUAUUAUUUCCAGUUUGGACUUGAGAUAGAUUACAUUUUCAAAGGUAGGUCAAAUCUUUUUGGAAUUCUUUGUACGCGAACAAUAAAAAAGAGAGAACGAACAGUGAAAAUAUAUACGAAGACAAAAGACUGGGACAAAAAUGUAGAUUUUGCAUAUUCUAAAAAAGGCGGAGUAGAUUUGAGCUGUAACAAGUUAUUAAUUUUCGUUAACAGUUGAGAGAACUUAUAUCAGUUUACUUAAUAGCAAUGCAUAUUUUAUUUUUAUGAAAUUUAUCGAUACAAUCUAACGCGAUCAUGUAAAUCUGUUCAAAGUGAAGACAGAAGCACAAUUAUAUUUCAUGUCAUCUGUGUCAGUAAAAAGCGAUGUGAAAAGAUAUUAAACUUGGAUUUUGGUAUCUAGAACUAGCGAAAUUCUUUUAAAAAAAUUACUCUAAAUAAUUAACUCUGAAGUAAUUUACGUUAUGGCCAAUAUACUUGUUGCAUGUUCAUUGUAUUGUGCAAUUCAGGUUUGUAACUAGUGGGUUUGUUUUCUUCUGCGACACCGACCAAAGAUAUGACGUUAGAGAUUAAAAGUUGAUAUUACACAUGCGACAUGAAAUUUCGAACAAAACUUGUAUGUUGUCUUCGUUGAUAAAUUCUAUUUGUACAAAAUUUUUGAUAUUACGAAAUUUCUUUUUUCUACUUUAGCAAUUAUGAGAAAAGCAGAAAUUGAUGUUAAUACAUGUAUUUAUUAAUCUUUAAUUAUACACGCACUGUAAGACGGCUAUAACACUAGUUUGUUGAAUUUUCUCAGUUGUAUUAUUCCAUUAGCACUGCCUUCGCAUAUCGCGAGUUUAUGUGAUAUCAGAAAGUAGAUUCAUAUAAUAAGCUAUUUAUAUUAUUCGAAAGAAUAUUCAUCUCUCAAAUCCAUAUUGCAUAAUAGCGGAGUAAAAAAAAAUAGUUAAAGCAACAUUAUUUUUAAAGGGAAUAGCUGAUGGUCUACUCGUGUCAAGAGGUUAACAAAAAUUCGUACCUGCCGUGGAACGGGGAACGUUAUCACAUUUUUUUUAUCACAUUAUUUUCAGUCGAUGCACAUUCCAUCUUCCAGUAAAUGAAUUUAUUUAAUUCGGUAUCAAGUGCUCUUUUUCACCUUACUCUGCAUUUUUCAAGCGUCGGCAAAAUAGAAAUUAUUUCGUGUUUAAAAAAUAUUAGUGCAAUUAUCGAGAAGACGGGAGACCGAGAGAACUUUACAAAGCACUCUCGCACGUUUAGAUUAUUUUUAUUAUACAAUAUUUCAUUUAUUUAAAUACUUAUCAAACUAUAAUAAUUUUAUAUAUCUACUUAAAUGUGUAAAAUGUAAAAUACUUUAUAUAUAAAAUGUUUGGAUAUAUAUACUGCAUUUAAAUACAUGAACACAUACUAC